UCUAGCUGGGUCAGAGCCACAGAUCAAGGUUGGCUUCUGCCUGAAGCACCCCCCACUCCUCCAGCCGCAUCCAGACACCAUGAGUGGCCGAGUCGGAGACUUGAGCCCCAAGCAGGCAGAGACCCUGGCCAAGUUCCGAGAAAAUGUGCAGGAUGUGUUGCCUGCCCUGCCCAAUCCCGAUGACUAUUUCCUUCUGCGCUGGCUCCGAGCUCGAAAUUUUGACCUGCAGAAAUCAGAGGCCAUGCUCCGCAAGUACAUGGAGUUCCGGAAGUCCAUGGACAUUGAUCACAUCCUUGAUUGGCAGCCCCCAGAAGUGAUCCAGAAGUACAUGCCUGGAGGCCUGUGUGGCUAUGACCGGGAUGGCUGUCCUGUGUGGUAUGACAUCAUUGGACCGCUUGACCCAAAGGGCCUGCUCUUCUCAGUCACCAAGCAGGACUUGCUUAAGACCAAGAUGAGGGACUGCGAGCGCAUCUUGCAUGAGUGUGACCUGCAGACAGAGAGGCUGGGAAAGAAGAUUGAGACCAUUGUGAUGAUAUUUGACUGCGAGGGCCUGGGACUGAAGCACUUCUGGAAACCUCUGGUGGAAGUGUACCAAGAGUUCUUUGGCCUCCUUGAAGAGAAUUACCCAGAGACCCUGAAGUUCAUGCUCAUUGUGAAAGCCACCAAACUGUUCCCUGUGGGCUACAACCUCAUGAAGCCCUUCCUGAGUGAAGACACUCGCAGAAAAAUUAUAGUAUUGGGAAGCAACUGGAAGGAUGGUUUGCUGAAACUAAUCAGUCCCGAGGAACUGCCUGUUCAGUUUGGGGGGACUCUGACUGACCCAGAUGGGAACCCCAAAUGUUUAACUAAGAUUAACUACGGUGGGGAGAUCCCCAAGUCCAUGUAUGUGCGGGACCAAGUGAAGACUCAGUAUGAGCACUCAGUACAGAUCAACCGUGGCUCCUCACACCAGGUGGAAUAUGAGAUUCUGUUCCCAGGCUGUGUCCUCAGGUGGCAGUUCUCAUCUGAUGGUGCAGACAUUGGUUUUGGUGUUUUCCUGAAGACCAAGAUGGGGGAGCGACAGAGGGCUGGAGAGAUGACAGAAGUGCUGCCCAGCCAGCGCUACAAUGCCCACAUGGUGCCUGAAGACGGGAGCCUCACCUGCUCAGAAGCUGGUGUAUAUGUCCUGCGCUUUGACAACACUUAUAGCUUUGUCCACGCCAAGAAGGUCAGCUUCACAGUGGAGGUGCUGCUCCCAGACGAGGGCAUGCAGAAGUAUGACAAGGAGCUCACCCCUGUCUAGGCAGCCCCCUCACUUCUCAGAGACCCCUGACCCUCUCCUUUGUCUAUCUAUAUACUAUCCCCUCAGAAAUUAAUCAUUACUCCUCUUGACACUGAGACUAGUGAGUAGAGAAAAAGCUGCCUUGGGGAAGACUUAUAUGCUGUGGUUAGAUCAGGAAAGGUGUGAGAGGCACAGUUUUGGAGGAUGCCAAGAUUGCAUAGGGGAAGAAGCAAGGCAAAAGCAAGAGGUGAAUGUCACUGGAACCCAAGAAAUAGGAAAUGAAUCCUUAGCUUUUGUCCUCACUUCUUCUAAGGCAUUUGUGUGUGUGUUUGAAUUUCUUCCCUAUCAUCUAUGAGCCACGUGGGUUACAGGUAUAUCUAAAUUCUUUUUACUUCUACUCCAUAUACAGUAGAUGCUCAGUGUAUACUUGUGAAGUUGAAUUAAGGUAAUGAGCAAGUAAUUCACGGGUAUGCCUGACAAGAAGGAACCUUACCCGGAGCAGGUUUCAGCACCUCGGACAGAGACAGGGCUGUGGCAGCAGGGGACUCUCCUGCAGGACCCAGGUGAUCUAGCCCCCAGGUUUCUGGGAGUGGCUGCCCCCUCAGGUAGGUAGGAGAUGCCUGCAUAAGGCUUUGUCUGACUCAGCACACAGCUUUCCCAACCCAUCACUCUGACCCUUACCCUUUUCCCUUGGAAUUCACAGCUUAUAUUUUAAACAAUUAAAGAAAUUUUACUGGAAGCAAA